GAUGCAGAGGGCAACAAGGUCAACCCGCAUAUCCCGUCCUUCAUCUCAAAAGCACCUUGGUAUCUUGAUACAGGUGCUAAAUCAUCCCUAAAACACCAGCGGCUCGAUUCGGACGGCAGCCAGGGAGCAGCUCAGUCUGGCUGGUAUGAUCGGACACUCAAGACCACAGGUCCUGCUGCAACAAAGUAUCGUAAAGGCGCUUGCGAGAAUUGCGGCGCGUUGACACACAAGACGAAAGAGUGUCUUGAGCGGCCACGGAAACGAGGCGCGCGCUGGACAGGCGAGGAUAUACAACAUGACGAGGUGAUUCAAGAGGUCAAGAUGACUUGGGAUGGGAAACGCGAUGUGGCGAAUGGAUAUGAUUUUGAUUCCCAUGCGCAAGUGCUCAAGGAACGGUUUGACCGUGUGGAUGCAAUGCGCAAGGAGAAGGGCCUUGAAGGUGCAGUCGACACGGCUGUUGGCUCAGAUGAGCUGAAUCCAACGAAGCUGACGGACGUGACAAAAGCAGCAACAAGCAAUCACAUGCGCCAGCGUGAAGACGUGGCCAAGUACCUGAAGCCAGACUAUGAUGUCGACAGUUACAAUCCAAAGGCGAAGAAGGUACGGACAGAAGACGAGCGGCAGUCGGCUUUCACGCGAGCUGCAGACCGGACAGGCGAUGUGGCAACGUUUGAGACGCUUCAGUCAUUUGCAUGGACGGGUGAGCAUGCUGCAAACGCUGUGCAUGCAAACAGUACACCGUCUCAGGCUGCUCUUCUAUUCAAGAAGCAGCAGGAAGCGAGACGGAUAGCGGCAGAAGCGCAGAAGGAGGUGCUUGCCGCACGUUAUGGUAAUGUCACACAAGCGCUGCCGAAGAAUCUAGUUGAAGAAGAGGCUGCAAAUGGGUCGAUGAAUGCGGAUGGUACAGAAAAGGUCACGGUACGCAAGUCACGGUACCAGGAAGAUGUGCUCAAGAACGGCCAUUCAUCUGUCUGGGGCUCUUGGUUUGAUGCCAAGACAUUUAGCUGGGGGUAUCGAUGCUGUCACAAUACGCUCGAGAAUGCGUAUUGCACU